AUAAUAUUUUGUUGGUGAUUUUAGAUUGAAAUGUAAACACGCAGCAAGAUUAACGAUUCAAAAUAUCGCUCAUGGAAUCAUCUAGUUUUGCUGAUGAAGUUGCGAAUUUAUGUUACCAACAUUUUAAACGCUUACCUAAAAUAGGGAAACCACAACAGAAUAAAGAAUGGACAUUACUUGCAGCUGUUCUCAUGAGUACUGAAGUUCCUACUUUAAAGAUGAAAGUUAUAUCAUUAAGUACUGGAACAAAAUGCUUAGGAUAUUCACAACUGAAUGAUAAAGGUACUUUAGUUUGUGACAGCCAUGCAGAAGUACUCGCUCGUAGAACUUUUAUGAGCUUUCUGUAUCAUCACUUAAUUCUGGUCUUGAACAAAAAAUAUUCUGCAGUACUAUUUUAUGAUGAAGUAGAAGAUAAAUUUAAGCUAAGAUGUGGCAUAAAAUUUCAUUUCUUUUGUAGCCAUGUUCCAUGUGGUGAUGCGGCUAUUUUCCCAAAACAUAUCAAAGACAAUGAUACACAGUUAAAAUGGCAAAACAUUGACGAAGAUUUGGACAGACCUACCAAAAAAUUAAAAGCUGACAAAGCGAAUGAAGAUAAUUCUGUCAUAAAUACUGAGGAUAGUUCCAGUAUGGAUAUGAAAUCCUCUUUUGAUAUAUACAGAACAGGAGCUAAAUGUGUGGAAAAUGGUGUGCAAGAUCCAAAAGCAGCUGGGAAAGAUUUCCAUGUUAUUGGAGCAUUAAGAACUAAGCCAGGACGUGGAGAUCCAACUUGGUCAAUGUCUUGUAGUGAUAAAAUAGCUCUUUGGAAUGUUUGUGGCUUACAAGGAGCUUUGCUUUCACACUUUUUUGCUGAACCGAUUUACUUAUCUUCAUUUACAGUAGGCAAAUGCCCUUUUGAAAAUAGUGCACUUCAGCGAGCAAUUUUUGAAAGAAUAUCAAAAGUUACAGACUUGCCACCUCAAUAUCAUGUAAAUAAACCUGCACUAUACCAAAGUAGUUUCUGUUUUGAGUACAGCAAAGAGAAUCUAUUAAAGAAAAAUCAAGCAAUAACUCCUUGCCCUGCAUCUAUCAUUUGGAAUGAUACUUUUAAGCCUGUAGAAGUUUGCAUUGAUGGGAGAAAACAAGGUGUUACCAAGAAGAAUUUGAAUAAACCCUCAUCCAGAGUAAGCAUUUGCAAAAGUGUUUUAUUUGAAAAAUUUCUUGAAGUAUUGCAAGAAUAUCGCAGAAAUUCCAAAAAAUGCACAUUGGAUGUAGAAGGCAAAUUAACAUACUGGAAUUACAAAGUGAUUGCACAAGAUUAUCAAAAAGCAAAACUUUCUGUGUUUAAAAUAUUUUCUGGUUGGAAGAGAAAACCAUACCUUUUGCAAGAUUUUCAUUGUCGUGAAAAGAAAUAAUAAAUUUAUACAUCUUAAUUUACCAUUAUUUCUGUAGUAUAUCGAUACAAUAAACUGACUUAUUGUGACCAACAUUUCUUUGUAAAUAAAUAAUCGUCAGUGUU